AUGGAGACCUCAAGAAUAUAAUCGCAGACAAAGAGUGCGAUAAUAAGAGCGCGUCCGAAGAGUUUCAUAAAUUGAAACUCGGAUUUCUGGUCAAUCAGAUGGAGCACUUGCACCUCCUGAAGACCUUAGAAGAGGUUAAAUAUAAGGGCCAGCAGUCGGAGAAGCGGGUGAAGGACUUGGAGGUGGAAAACAGCGAAUUAAAGAUGAAGUUAGUGGAGGAGGAAGAAGACGAUGAAGUAAUAGUGCAGUCGUGGGGCAGUCGUGUGGCUCUCCUCGAGGCAGAGAACCAGGAAUUGAAGAUUCGAUUCGAAGAGGAUGAAGAGGAAGACGAAGAGGUUAUGCAACGCCUGAACGACCGGAUCGUUGAGCUGUUGGCUGAGAAUCAAGAGCUAAAAGCAGCCAUUUAUCAAUUGGAGGCACAGGUGGUUAAUGUGGUGCACACUCCCAGUGACAUCGAUUCGUCGGCGAAGAGCUAUUCUUAUGCCGAGGAUAAGAGUACGACUGCCGGCACCGCUAACCUUAAGGUUCCCGUAAAACUUGAUUUAUUAAAGCAACGGAUUAAUCAAAUGGUGAUCGAAAACGACGAGUUAAAGUCCACGAUAGCUCGCCUUCGAUGGACAUCACACGACACGAUUGAAACUGAAGACUCGGAUCAAGUGAUCGAUGAAUACAUUGCUGAUGAAGAGGUGGAAGAGAUGGAUAACAUUCAAGAGUCGUCUGAAGAGUUGGAGAGACAGUUGAAUGAAUUGCGCGAUCGCUUGAAUACAGAGCAGAUGGAGGCAAAGAAAUGGCGCGAAAUGUAUGAGAAUCUGAAGACCACCGCCGAUGACAAUAUCAAUCAAAAUGAAAACAAUAAACCACAGAAACCAUCGUCAGAUAAAAUGGAUGACACUAUCGAUGAUGAAGACAUCAUUGAGGAUAAUGUGAUCUAUGAUUGGGUAUUAAACUCAACGAAUCUGUUCCGGGAAGCGCUCCAUAAGGGCUCGUCCGUUAUCUCCCAUAAACUUAAAGGACUAUACGAUAGACUGAUGAGUGAUAACGAGUCGAUUAUACCACUGGAAGUGUUCAACGGAUUAAAUCUGACGCAAACAGUGAUCAUUGAUCUGAACCGUCGACUGCAGAAUAAAUGGCAGGAACUGCAAGACCUGAAGACAGUGUUCGCUUCGGGCAAUGAAAAGAUAUCCAAUAAGAUGUCCCGACUCUACGCACAGACCAUUCGUAAACUACACGACGCGAAGAAUAAGCUGUUGUCCAAAGAGAAGACAAUGCGCUCCAAAGUCGAUGAGUUUACUGUCCACAUGUCUCGACUGGUUAACAAAAUGGACGAUAAGUGGAAUCAGUUGUUGAAUAAACUGUCGAAACGCUAUUCAAAGGACUCGUCGACCGGUCCCGAGGACCAGCACUCGUCACGUGAUACUAAGGGCGACGAAGAGUUUGAGCCGAAGAUUAAUUGGUUUUUUCGGAGAGCGAACAGUCGGCGCAAACAACACGUGUACGGCCCGGGCUUUGGAAGUACCACUCGUACGGCUAGAACUGUAGAGUUUGAUCGUAAGGUACGGGUAAACGCCUACUCAAGACAUGUCACUUUGGAUGAGGACUCGGACGCGGAUGAGUCGAGUGAUAGGGAGGAGGCGGUGGACAGUGGCGUCGAUAGCGAUGCCGAACACGAAGAGGACGUGAAUUGGUUUCUAAAGAGACCCAAGAAAUCAAAGUUGGGAACCGAUUAUGAGUUCGAGAGACCGACUGCCAGACAAAGACGAAUGAAGUAUAGA